AUCCGUCUCUUCCCAUUCCUUUACCCCUCGCGGAACCCAAACGAUCAGCCGCCCUACACCAACCGCCGCCGUCGCCUGCCACGUUAAACUCGCCGCCGCCGCCGCCUCAGCCAAUCUCGCCGUAAGUGGCCCAUCCCCUUCAGCCCGGGCGUUCGAUGCAAGAAUCCGCCGCAAAGCUCUGACCUUGGGCUGGUGUUCCUAGCCGUCGCGGCCGCGCAGGCACCCGUUCGACGGAAUGCCCCCAAAGGUCACCAAGCGGUGGGUGCCGGUCAACCGGGCAGGGGAACCGUCCCGCAGGGGCGGGGGAGGAGGAGGAGGAGGAGUUGACCCCGCCGCCGACCGCCUUAGCGCGCUGCCCGACGCGCUCCUGCACCACGUGAUGUCUUUCAUGAAGGCAUGGGAGGUGGUGCGGACGUGUGUGCUCUCGCGGCGGUGGCGCGACCUCUGGGCCUCCGCGCCCUGCGUAGACAUCCGCGUCGGGCGGGACGGCGACGCCCCCGUGGACUUCGCCAAGUUCGUGUACCGCUUGCUGCUCGCCCGGGAGGUUCUUGCGCCGGUGGACACGCUCCGGCUGCGCUCGCCCGGUGAGGACGAUGAGGAUUUUGACGAUGACGAUGUUAAGAUGUGGAUCCGUAAUGCUAUCAAACGGAAGGCUCGGGCUAUUCAGCUCAAUGGGCAUCUCAAUUUGUAUGCGGAGUUGGAUCACAUGGACUUCAUCUCUUGCCACCUCAGGAUCUUGAAACUGUCGUAUACUGAGCUGGAUGAUAAGGUCAUCAGGCAACUUUCUUCUCGGUGCCCUUCUUUUGAAGAACUAGAGCUGAAGAGCUGCUUGGUAGCGGGCAGUGAGAUUAUAUCUGCCUCUAUGAAGCGUUUGACCAUGAUCAAGUGCACGUUCACUAUGAACCUCUCGGUCGAUGCUCCAAACCUCGUGUUUCUGCGAUGCACCACACCAGAGAACUGGGUUCCUGUGUUCAAGAACUUUGGGUCGCUGGUCACAGGCAAUGUCAUGCUUGAUGACUCUUUAUUGAGCGGUGAAUUCAAAAAAUACCAUGAGGAGGAUGGAUUUGCUCAAACCAGUGAUGAAGAUGAUGACAACAACCGUAGGCAUGCCCAGCGUAUUGGUAAAUAUGUUCCUGCUUCUGAUGACAGUGAUGAAUUCAUCAGUGAUGAUGGCUCUUCAGAUGAUUAUUGUGAUGGCUAUUCUGAUGACAUCAAGGACAAUUAUGAUUAUGGAAGUGAAAUCAAUAGUGAUACCGACACCUAUGAGUAUGGUGAGAUUGCAAAAGGCUAUGAAGAUCAGCAGUUUGGAAACCAUGACGAUGGCCUCGAUUGCAGUAAGGGCAGUAAAUAUCAUGGUUGCAGUGCAAAGUAUGUGAUCAGUGAUUACAAGAAAUUAGGUGGCCAAAAUGUUCUUCACAGCCUUUUGAAUGCUCGAAAUCUGGAGCUAUUAGGUCAUUCAGGAGAGGUUGUUCUGAGGAGAGAAUCGAUGAGUUGUCCUACUUUUAGCAACUUGAAGACUUUGGCCCUUGGUGAGUGGUGUAUCAGUACGGGUGCUGAUUUUGACAUAUUAAUUCUCUUACUUCAGCAUUCACCUAAUUUGGAGAAGCUUUUUCUUCAACUUGAAAUGAGCUUUGACAUCCAGAAGGCAUUGGGAAGAAGUAUAAAAUCAAAGGGAGGAUCGUUUGCUUGCAAACACCUUAGUAUGGUGAAGAUCAGAUGCACCAAGGAUGAUCCAAGAGUCCAUAUGUUGGCGCAGUUAUUUAGGUCUAAUGGUGUACCGCUUGAGAAUAUUUAUGUCCGUCGGAGGGGGAGUUUUCACCUUUGUAACUUGAAGCUGGAGAGGGAGAUAACUAUCAGUGAACUGCGUGACAUUGGACCCUAUUAAAGAGAGAGACGGGGAAAUGCAAGGCAUCUGGCAGGCGAGAAAACGCCAUAUUUCGCAUGCAAAGCUUUCGUCACUCUAAAUCAUGUGGAGAGCAAAACUGUUGACUCUGAGUACCUGGGUUAAUCGUUAGCACUGUUUUCUUUCAUACUUUGUCGUUUAACUUCAACUGCAUAUGGGUAUCUAAGUUUCACCUUGCAUGGUGAUGAUUGGCCAAAAUAUAUAUAAUAGCGUGUGACGCUUAAGCUUAUGAUUUCAUCCUUUAAUUUGACCAUGGAGAUACGGGUGGCUUUGACGCUCGAAUCUUUCUUUCAAGUGCCAGGAUUCAUAGAACAGUCCUUCGUUCUUGUUUGUGCUUUCUCCGUGAGCAAGUGAAUAGUUCGUUAUUUUGCAGCA